UGAUACUUUCGUUCGACCAAAGUAGAAGGCAAAGUCCUGCUGCUUCGGUCUCAAGCGAUGCAUUCUUUCCACCUCUUGUCUGCCUCUGCUGAGCUGUCGAUGUGCCUACAAGUAGCCCCGCGAACCGGGGCAGCUCUCUCUCUCGCGCCGAUCCCACACAGACUGACAGUCUGUCGGUGACUGUUGUUGAGGCUGUAGCCUGUGUAGGGUGAGUCUCUCAGUCUCUCAGUGUGACGGUGCUGGCGCGUACAGUAGAUCUACUCAGUAGUAGUAGCUAGCACUGCAAUCUGCAUUCUAGCUGCUCUCUUAUUAUUGCAGUCUUGCCGUGAGUGACUGCAGAUUUGGCAGGAGCGGUGCGGAUCAGAUCGCAAAAAUUGGUCUCUCUCUCUCUCCCUGUUCAUCACGGAGUGGAGAAGGCUCGCCACCGACGAUAUAACUCGUGGCACAACGUCAAGUGCUGUAUUUCUUGCCUGUCGAUGUCGCGCUCGUUGUUACGGGCAAGACCCAGCUAGCCAGUGACCAGGUGACCUGAGCCGGGAAAUCAAGUGCAGCGAUUCCGGUGCUCGACACUUCCUCAUCGGCAAAUCUUCACCGCGGGAAACUUCCGAAAGCAAUGUGGUGAAGUUCGCUUCGAGUUUGGCCACGGAUCAUCGGUGAGCUCCAGUGUCCGAAAUCGUGACAGCAGGCUAUCGCUAGUGCUGCGAGUUUGAUCUGUCAUAAGCCAGUCUUGGCAAGCGAGCAUUGAAAAUCUCUAGACUGGAGUGCGAUCUGCCUCAGUGCUGUUGAGCUUGCAUCAGCAUGCCGAGCCACGAUCAAGACACGGCGUGGGAGGCGGCAAUACUGCCCCUACUUCCCGGCCUACUGCACUGCGUGUCUGAUGAGCACAUUGCCCAGAGUAUGACAUCGUAUGCGUUAGACCCGCGGGCACCACCGACUAAGUUGGACAGCAGCACAUCAGGCUCUGGUCAGCAACUCAUCGACGUCCUACGAUCAAGCCUGGGCAGCGAACCAAGCGGGUGUCGCGUCGCUAUCAACGUCUUCUGCUGUGCUGCUCGCCUGAAAGCUCAGGCUGGGGAAGAAUGCAAGGAGCUCAGUGCUAUUCUACGUGACAUGGAGGAGGAGCUGGAGAUCUACGCGGCAAACGUUGCUUAUGAUGGCUGUCUGCUUCGCUGGCUGUACAUCAAAGAGGGCUGCCAAGCAAUGGCUGAUGCUCCCAAAGGACCCGAGCACGUGCUUGUGAACGACGACGCGCAGAGAAAAAUGGAAGACGCGUUCUCUCCCGUAAUGUCACCCGCGACUGGUCGGCGGCACUCCUCACAGAGCAGGCGGCCGUCUCAAAGCUCUGCUACUGCUUUGCCAGCUACAGCCUGUACAGGCGGCGCUGUCUCAAGCCCGACAAGCGUCAGCAGCACUGGUGGGACUGCCGUUGUAACUCUAUGUGGCAACAUGUCCGGGAUUACGUCCUCAAUGACCAAAUUCAGUCAUCAUUACGUCCUCAAUGACCAAAUUCAGUCAUCAUUACGUCCUCAAUGACCAAAUUCAGUCAUCAUUACGUCCUCAAUGACCAAAUUCAGUCAUUCAGUCAUCUUCUGGCCAGCACAUGUACUACUGAUAGCCAGCAGCCGGUGAAGUGCACACGGCGCUAUUCCACGAUGGCCGAGUCUCGACGAAGCGCCGUGUGGGCUCUCUUCGAUCCCAAUGGGGCGGCCGGAACGAAUCCAAACAACCUAGUCCUGUUGUCACUCAUGCUCAGAGAUCAGCACGGCAUUGCAGCUUGGCCAGAACCAGCACCUGGUAAGUCUGCUGGCAUGUCAGCAGCAGAAAUCUACGCGGCACAAAUUCACGCAGCGCAGUAUGCACAUCACUGCCGCCUGGCGCGCUCAUCGGUCGAAGGUUCCGGCCAUGUGGUGUGUUUCUUCUCUGAAGCGCAGACGAUGCAAAUGGUCGUCGAGGCACCAGAGGCGCACCUUGCUCGUGCCCGAUCGCCGGACAAGGUCAAGGUCGGUGGCAUGGGUGGCGUCCUGGAGCUAGGCCAGUGGCUCCAGCAGAGAGCGCAGUCACCACCCAGCAUGUCCGCGUGGUACUACACUGUCGCCGUGCUGAGCGAUGCACUUAGUCGUUAUCCGCUGCACGGAGUGUUGGCCCGGUCUCGAUCAAAGCUAACGCUGCACUGUGUGUUCGACGUGGGAAAACAGCUCUUCGAAGAGAAAGCCAUAUCGAAACUCCUCAAGACGUGCAUGGCGCAGAUAUUCCCCCAGCAAGCACCUGACAAACGGCAGCCAUCCAAUGGAAGACAAGUCACCUCAUUCAGCACAGGUGUGGGUGUGAACGGAAUCACCCUGGAUGAGUUUAAUAGCUCAUUCGAAGCGAUAUUGUACUCAGCAGUUGUUACAGACGAUCACUGGGUGCAUUCGAUGGCUGGUAUCAUUCCCUGUUCACUCAAGUUAUCGGCAGCCUGUGACACUACUGAACGAAUGAAAAUGGAGCCACCAUUACAACACCCACAACUGUUCUCACCAUCUUUGCAACCGAGCGGUGAAGCUGCCAAGGCACCGUGUUUGUCCAACAUCUUUCCUGGCUACCAGAUAGAAGGCCUUGAGCGACUGCUGGGAACGUGGAAUGGCUCCGUACGUAUCUACACGUGCAUUGGAUCUGCAGACGCGCUGCCAUGGCAGUUCCUCAACACACUCGGUUGUUUGGCCUACGGCAGCAUGGAUUGGCAAGGAGAAAGCGACGCGGACGCGCAUUGCAAGGUAUGCCAUCGAAUAUCCCGUGAUGGCCAAGAGCUACUGGUCUUUCUGAGCAUUGACCCCACCUGUGCACCCGCAACAAGCACGUCAAGAAAACUCGCCUCCACAGUUAUUGCCGCACUUGCCAUCUCAGAUUCAACUGUGCUCAUCGAGUCCAAUGUCAAUCAACAUCCAAAUGGCAAACGGCCAUUGUCAGUCGUACAGAGCCUGCCAAAACACCUUAGCACGCUGACAUCAACCGUGACAUUACCUCCAUCGUUCAGUCGUGACCGGCAGUUAUUCAAAGGCAAUGUUAUAUUGGUGUGCAACAGUUCAUCAUCUCCUACUAAUGGUGGUACUCAGGGACCUACUGCAGUGUAUGGAACUACUGCAAAGAGCCUUCUGGUGGACGGUGGCGAGGACUACGUGCAGCGGCAAUCCCAGCAAUAUCUUUCCUUUGCCAGCUUGACUGCUGCCAUGCCAAUCUCGCAGGCCCUGUCUGCGUUGUCCGCACCUCACGACAAUCGUCCGUCUAACAAUGUUUGGAUGAACAGCAGUCGCGUGCGGGACCUCCUUAAGCUCAUCCUGCUAGCCGACACCGAGGCAACUGGUCAUCCACACCUACUUCUGGAUAAGUCACUAAUGGACCAGAUUGCAUCAGUCCUCGGUGAUCUCGAGCGCUAUAUGUUAGCUCACUGGAGAUUGCUCUUUGCGUCAUUGGAAACCGCUCGCAUACAUGAAGGCUGCCAAGCACCUCCACUGAGCCAGCCUCAAGAUCUGGACAACGUGCUGGAAGCGGAUUUGCGGUGCUUCGCUCGCUCCAUCCUACACAGCCCUGACGUCAGGACGCUACGUGACUAUCAAGAUCGGAUCAAGAGAACCUACGCGGAGAAUGUGCAGCAGUUAUGCCAGGAUGCCGGGAAAGUUGCAGACAGAUGGAUGUACGACAGCCAGGACCACUUUUCCAACCUGCUGAAGAUAAAGCUGAGCCGACGGCUAGAGCAGCUCAAGCAGCGCUCAAUGCUGUGCUUCAGCAAGUGCCGCUGUGGCUGUGAUUUGCCGUGUCUACUGGCAUCAGGCCAUGAUGGAAAGUGUAGUGCAUUGGUGGCUGAUGCGGCCGGGCAAGACGGCAUGGAUUCCAGACACCUUUGCAGUCACAAGUGUAUGUUUUGCCAGACAGCACACGUCACUAGCACCGUUUACACCGACAGCACUACCACUUCUGCCGCUUGCAGUACCAGCACCGGCUGUAGCAUUACCACCACUGCCACCACCAGCAGCAGCAGCAGCAGCAGUGCGGCUAUCGACAGCUGUAGCAGCAGUACCAGCAGCAAUGCCAGUGAUACCAGCCAUGACAGGAGCAGCUUCGAUGAAUCCAACACUUGCUGCACUGGAUUAGCUGGCCAUCAUCUCUUGGAUCUUGAUACGGAGGACUUGCUUCAUCUGUGUUCCGAGGCAGAAGCUAAGCAUCGAUGUGGCCAAGCGGCGGAGCAAUGUUGGCUGUUGGAAAGCAGAGGCUGUGCAGGAGAAUGCAAGUACUGGUUAGGCCAUGCCAGUCGUCGUUCUGACCUAGGCAAGUGUAUGUGUAAUGUGGACGAGCAGAAACACUUGUGUCCAGUGCAGUGCGAGAUGCAGGAUCAUCGCGGCUGUGGCGCUGUUUGCUCUGAAACACAUCUACCCGCUCAUAGCCAACACCUGUGUACAGCUCCGCACCAGUGUGCAGACGUCUGUGAAGGUGUGGAAUGCGGCUGCUUUGAUUCUGUCUAUGCUGAUCAUGCCGGCAACGAGUCGGGCAGAAGCAGUGCCAGAAGCAUCAGCAGCAGCAGCAGCAGCAGCAUCAGCCAAGGACUGCAUCUAGACACGCGUAAGCCAUGCAUGGAGUGGUUACGACCUGGUGAACGGCACCAUGCCCAUCCACAUUCCUGUCAUGGUCCCACUGUCUACUGUAAGAAGCCCUGCCCUUCCGCCUGCGGCAGGGUGUGCUGGUUGAGGCUCGGCCACAGCCAGCCAUGUGAGAUCCAGCACACAGGGUACCUAUGCUCUGCUUCUGCUGGCACGCAGAAACUAAUGCGCAGCUUCUUUCAGGCCGGUAGUAACAGUGGGUUGGUCUGAGGCCAUGGGUGAGAAACUGGAGGUACCAGAUGCAAGUCCUGCUUGGUAGCGGAAGCUUUUUUCCAGCCAUCCUGCGACCCACAGUGAAUUGGGAACUUGUGGCCUGGCACAAGGGUAACAUGCAGGCGCGUGCUCGGCGAUGGGCGCGGGGGGCACGUGCACCCCCCAAAAAUUUUCAAUCUGGGUAAUUGCAAUUGUAAUGUAUGCAAAUAUGCUCUAAAAUUCAAGAAAGGUUGCAAACAAAUUGGCUCCCCUCGGCUCCCGUGCACCCCCCUAGUUGGGGGGCCGAGCACGCCCCUGACAUGGAUGUGGCAAAUAGGAUUUCGGCCUUUGGCCUUUGGUUGGUGGAUCUGACCUGUUCCCCCUCAACGUUUGGAGGGCUGCACCUGAUGCCUGAUCAUGCGGUGGUGGCGUCCCACGGACUGAGCAGAAAGGCGGUUCUUGACCCGCCACCGCCCUGUACAACAUUUUCAAUUGUAUUUCUUUGAUAAAUUUUCUGCCAUGAUAAAUCAGCAUACUUGUGCUAGUACUAGUAGUAGCUACCAGCAGUGCCUGCAUGCAGUGCCUGCAUGCAUAUGCAGUGGGAGGCAAAACACACCCAUCGUGUUUCUUUCUCCGACAUUUUAUAGCAAGGAUAAAUUUUAUGGCAGGAUAAUUUUUUUAGUUUUGGUGCUACAUUUGAUAGAGAACUAGUUUUAGAUGUGUCUACGGGUGCUCAAUAUCGGUAGCAGCUGCCUGCCCAUCAUGGUCUCUGCUCAAUACAUGCAUCCGUGUGGUGGUAAGCUGCCUGUGAUGGUAUCACUAUCAUCAGGGCACUUGACUUGAGUACAGUUUUAGGCGGAAGCAGACUGUUUUGUUUCCUUGAGUUUUGGCAUGACUGAUGAUGUUAGUUCAUUCAAGGUUGAUAGGUUGAUAGAAUCCAGAAUCCAGAUACAUGUACAUGUAACAUUCCUUUCAAGUUUUUAGCACUGCAGUAUUUCAUGCAACACUCUGCUAUUUCCUGUGCUGGAGUUAAUUCCCUGGAGAUUUUAUGUACUGGA